AUCGCGUUAACUAAAGAAAAAAAAAAGAAAAAUUAAACGACUAACAAGAAAAGAGAAAUAAAGAAGAGUUAGCCUCCUUUCGCAAGUAACCUGAGUUUCUCUAAUCUCUCUCCUUCCCUCCGACAGAACCAGUGCUUUCUCUUCCACUCUCAUAUUCGAUCUCUUCUCUUCUCAACUCUCCAACCAUGGUGCUCGAGGCGACGAUGAUCUGUAUUGACAAUUCUGAAUGGAUGCGUAAUGGGGACUACUCUCCUUCUCGAUUUCAAGCCCAAGCAGACGCUGUCAAUCUUAUUUGUGGUGCUAAAACCCAGUCUAAUCCUGAGAAUACGGUUGGAGUUCUCACGAUGGCGGGGAAGGGUGUUCGUGUUUUGGUCACCCCUACCAGUGAUUUGGGAAAGAUCUUAGCUUGUAUGCAUGGACUAGAAAUAGGUGGUGAGAUGAACCUAGCUGCUGGCAUUCAGGUGGCACAGUUAGCUCUUAAGCAUCGGCAGAAUAAGAAACAGCAGCAAAGGAUUAUUGUCUUUACUGGGAGUCCUAUCAAGCACGAGAAGAAAAUGUUGGAGAUGAUUGGGCGAAAGUUGAAAAAGAAUAGCGUUGCACUUGACAUUGUCAAUUUUGGUGAAGAAGACGAGGGAAAGACAGAGAAGCUGGAUGCACUCCUUGCAGCCGUUAAUAAUAAUGAUACCAGCCGCAUGGCUCAUGUUCCACCUGGUCCAAAUGCUCUAUCUGAUGUACUUAUAAGUACACCAAUUUUUACUGGUGAUGGAGAGGGUGGAAGUGGUUUUGCAGCAGCUGCUGCUGCAGCAGCAGCAGCAGGUGGUGUAUCUGGAUAUGACUUUGGCGUGGAUCCGAACUUGGACCCGGAAUUGGCUCUUGCUCUAAGAGUUUCAAUGGAAGAGGAGAGGGCCCGACAGGAAGCAGCUGCAAAGAAGGCUGCAGAGGAUGCUUCCAAGGAGAAUGGUGGUGAGCAGCAAGCCAGCUCGCAGGAUGCAGCCAUGAUUGAGCGUGCUAGUGAAGAAACUUCAGAAGCUGCGACUAAGACAAAUGAUAUGAUGGACGAUGAGAAUGCUCUACUACAGCAGGCCCUUGCUAUGUCAAUGGAUGAUCCUGUGAUUAACAAAGAUAUGAGAGAUACAGAUAUGUCUGAAGCAGCUGCAGAUGAUCCUGAGUUAGCUUUAGCUCUCCAAUUGUCAGUAGCAGAUGGCAGUGAGGACUCAGGAAGCCAGUCAGACAUGAGUAAAUUGUUGGCAGAUCAGUCGUUUGUAUCUUCUAUCCUUGCAUCGCUUCCCGGGGUUGACCCAAAUGACCCAUCUGUCAAAGAUUUACUGGCCUCCAUGCAAAAUCAGUCUGAACCCCAACAGAAGAAUGAAGACAAGCCACCAAAUGAGGAGGAGAAGAAAUAAUCUUGAAUGUUCUAUUUCCGUUCUUUUGAUGGGCACGUUAGUUGCAUGUUGGAAGGUGGUUUUAAUCAGAGGAUUGUUUCAUUUGUAUACAGAUUAUGGAGUCUCCCCUGCUGAUUAAAAUGUAUGCAUGUCUCAAUAUGUAUGAAUGAUUGAUCAGAGGUUAAAAGCCUAUGUCAAUGAGGGCUUAAGCGAGUACACGGUUUUAUCAUGAAUACAUCCUGAAAUGUACUUUAAUGGUAUUACAAAGUUAAUACGACUCCUUUAUUUCAUAA